AUGGAGUCCAACCUGCAGGGGACGUUCCUGCUGAACAACACAGCGCUGGCUCAGUUUCCGGAGAUGAAGGCCCCCGUGUGCCAGUACUCGGUGCAGAACUCCUUCUACAAGCUCAGCCCCCCGGGGCUGGGCCCCCAGCUGGCGGCGGGCACCCCCCACGGGAUCACGGACAUUCUCAGCAGGCCCGUGGCCACGCCGAACAGCAGCCUGCUCUCCGGCUACCCGCACGUGGCAGGCUUGGGUGGCCUCGGCUCGCAGGGGGUCUACUAUGGCCCCCAGGUGGGGAAUUUUUCCAAGGCUGGGAACGAGUACCCCACCCGGACCCGGAACUGCUGGGCGGACACGGGCCAAGACUGGCGAGGCGGGCGGCUGUGCAGCAACACCCCUGACCCCCUGAGCGACAGCAUCCACAAGAAAAAGCACACCCGACCCACCUUCACCGGGCACCAGAUCUUUGCCUUGGAGAAAACCUUUGAGCAGACCAAGUACUUGGCGGGCCCCGAGCGGGCACGGCUGGCAUACUCGCUGGGCAUGACCGAGUCUCAGGUCAAGGUGUGGUUCCAGAACCGGAGGACCAAGUGGCGGAAAAAGAGCGCCCUGGAGCCUUCGUCCUCCACGCCCCGGGCCCCAGGCGGCGCGGGGGCGGGCGCGGGCGGGGACCGCGCGGCCUCGGAGCACGAGGACGACGAGUACAACAAGCCGCUGGACCCCGACUCGCCAGCCCCGCGCAGCCGGUCCGGGCCGCAGCCGCGGGAGCACGCGCCUUCCUUGCCCCCCGUCCCCACGCCGCGGGGCGACAAGCGGCAGGGUGUUGAGAGCAGGAACGGAGGAGGAGUGGCAGAGGAGGCGCCGGAGGCCCGUCCCGUUAAGCGAAGGGAAAGCAAGCACUUCCUGAGACCCGGAGACCCCUCCGCCGUCUUGCACCCGUGGGCCUCGCCCUGCCGAUUGUGCAGAUUCCGAAGUGCACGGGCUGUGGUGUCCCGCACGUGCCGGUGUGACCCGCUGCUGGCCGGCGGCAGAAGGAAAUCGCGGGGCGCCGGGCACUCGCUCAGAGCUUUGCACAGGAAGGAUCCCACCUGA